GCGAUGGGAGGAAGUGAGGGGGCGAUGAUGAACGCAUAAAAACGACGGACGCGCGGCGAUUCGUGGCCAUUCUUCGCUGGGACAUCAUCGUCGCAGAGAGGAUUCCGAGACGAGUGUGCGAGUAAUUUUCGAAAGCAGACAAUCGAGGUGAAUCGACGAUGAAGCUAAUCAUCGUCCUGAUGGCCAUCGCCAUCGUACUUUCGACCACGGUCACGGCGCAGGACGACUACAUUCAUCUGCCGGGGAAAAGUUGCGCGGAUGCACCGCCUUGUCCCGACGGGAGACCCUGCGUGAUGGCCCCACCUCACUGCAACGUCGGUACCUGCGGCAGAGAUCCAGUACCGACUUGCGGGAAAAAGCCUUAAAAGGGGACGUAUGGCGUAAAUCCAAGCCAAGUAUUACCGCUCGUUCAUACCUUCUCCGUGUGUAACAAUAAUAAAGAGCGUUAUUUCUCAAGAGGAAA